AUGCGUGGAGCAUUUCUUUUUGCUUGUCAAUCACGCUCGAUGCCGACAAUUUUAGCUUUACUCGAUGCUGGUGCAUCUGUUAACAAAUAUGGUUCAUGUUCUCUCGCCUAUGCUGACUCAUUUAUACAUAAUAUUUCUAUCCAUUAUUCAUCCACAGUCUGGCCAGUCUCUUGGGAGAAUCUCUAUCCCAUUCACUAUGCCAUUGUUGAUAAUAAUCUCGAAUUAUUACAAAAACUUAUUACUCCCGAUACAAACAAGUUAGUAACAAAUCAGUGGUUCAGUCCUUUGCAUAUAGCAUGUCUUUUCAAUCGAUCUAUAACAAUGAUUGAUCUAUUGCUUUCCUAUGGAGAUGCUAAUGCUGCAAUAGUAGCCAAAACAAGUAAUAACAAGUUCCCUGAUGAGCUUGCAACGGAUUCAAUAAUAAUCGAAUAUCUUCGACCUACACGUAUGUCCAUUUACACAGAACAAGAGAAAAAUCGUCAGAAGAAGCUUGAAGCAGGAACUAGUUUUCAAAUUUUUAUUAAAACUCUUACAGGUAAAAGCUUGAUAAUUACUGUUAUGAAAGAGGAUACUGUCGAAGAUUUGAAGAUAAAAAUUCAAGAUAGGGAAGGUGUUCCACCUGAUCGUCAACGAAUUAUAUACGGAGGAAAGCAACUACAAGAUGAUCUUACACUUUUCGACUACAAUAUUUCAAAAGAUGCUACACUUCAUUUGGUACUCAGGUUGCCUGGUGGAUGCUGUCAUUGA